GGAAUAGUCGCCGAAACACCGAUGUUUGAACGGGUUCUUCCACCUAGCCUCGCAAGACUACAAAGAGCAGCUUGAUUCCCAACUGAAUAGCUUUGGAGACAUUGAUUAAGUUGGCGUUUAUGAGCGAAAUAUCGAUUAGACACCACUGAGGCGACGCUGUCACUGGAUGGACGACAGAGAGCUUGGACGUACACAAGCCGCCUGAAGAGACAGUCGUUUGUCCGCUUUUCUCUCAAGAAUCCACUGCUUUCUCACUGAUAACAACAGAGACUACACGAAUAUUGGUUUUAGACUCCAUUUUAUUUAGAAGAUAUGGAAAAAGACGAGGAAAACCCUUCAAAAUGAAAAUACGAAGUCGUCAUUAAUGCGGAUUUAAAUGUCUCGCGCUGAGGGGAACGGACGCGCGAUUUCUCCUCACGCUCUCCAAGCUGCUGUAUUUCUCACACAAAAAUAUUAUUUACACUGAGCAGACGUGGAUAGAAAAACAGAGAGAAGAAAGGAGAGGGAUAUUUCAAGCAAUAUGGCUGAUGGCUGGGGUUGGGGGCGCUGGCAGGAGCUGUCCAAAGCUUCUCAAUGCUAGUGGCGGAUGGCAACGGAUCCUAUGGCAGCAGCAGCUCUAGAAUGAGCAAUACUUUCAAUUUUAAUAAAAAUCCGGACUCUUCUGUCUCUAUAUCGAAGAUGGACGUGAUCAUUCCAUUCUCACCAGACGUUCCCUGUGACAACAAUGGUCAGCGGAUGUGGUGGGCUUUCCUUGCCUCAUCCAUGGUGACGUUCUUCGGGGGUCUCUUCAUCAUCCUUCUGUGGAGGACCCUCAAGUACCUGUGGACUGUCUGCUGCCAUUGCAACAUCAAAAGCAAGGAGGCACAGAAGGUGAAUAACCCUAUAAACAUUCAGGCUGAUGGCACACCGAAGAUCCUGAAUGAAAAGGAUGAGGCCCCAGCCAGUGAGGUGGGCUGGAUGACCUCAGUCAAAGACUGGGCGGGGGUCAUGAUCUCCGCACAGACCCUUACCGGCAGAGUUCUGGUGGUGUUGGUCUUUGCACUCAGCAUCGGAGCUCUGGGAAUAUACUUCAUAGAUUCUUCAGAUCCUAUAGAAUCCUGUCAGAAUUUCUACAAAGACUUCACAUUACAAAUUGACAUGGCAUUCAAUGUGUUCUUCUUACUCUACUUUGGCCUGCGUUUCAUAGCAGCCAAUGAUAAGCUGUGGUUCUGGUUGGAGGUGAACUCAGUGGUGGACUUCUUCACCGUACCGCCCGUGUUUGUGUCAGUUUAUCUGAACAGGAGCUGGUUGGGUCUGAGGUUUCUAAGAGCCUUGAGAUUGAUACAGUUCUCAGAAAUUUUACAGUUUUUGAAUAUCUUAAAAACAAGUAAUUCCAUCAAGCUGGUGAACCUGUGUUCCAUCUUCAUAAGCACAUGGCUCACUGCUGCAGGAUUCAUUCAUCUGGUGGAAAACUCAGGGGAUCCAUGGGAAAACUUUCAAAACUCUCAACCGCUCUCAUAUUGGGAAUGUGUGUACUUAUUAAUGGUCACUAUGUCCACUGUGGGAUAUGGAGACGUCUAUGCAAGAACCACUCUUGGACGCCUUUUCAUGGUCUUCUUCAUUCUUGGUGGUCUGGCCAUGUUUGCUCGCUACGUGCCAGAAAUUGCUGCUCUCAUCCUUAAUCGGAAGAAAUAUGGAGGGAGUUAUAACUCGACACGAGGCAGAAAGCAUAUUGUGGUCUGUGGUCAUAUCACGCUCGAAAGUGUUUCCAACUUCCUUAAAGACUUCCUACACAAGGACAGGGAUGAUGUCAAUGUAGAAAUUGUUUUUCUUCAUAAUAUUUCCCCUAAUCUUGAGCUGGAAGCCUUGUUCAAACGUCACUUCACUCAGGUGGAAUUCUAUCAAGGAUCUGUCCUUAACCCACAUGAUCUAGCAAGAGUGAAGAUCGAGUCAGCUGAUGCCUGCUUGAUUCUUGCAAACAAAUACUGUGGAGACCCUGAUGCUGAAGAUGCCUCUAAUAUCAUGAGAGUAAUAUCUAUCAAGAACUACCAUCCAAAGAUCAGAAUAAUCACUCAAAUGUUGCAAUACCACAAUAAGGCCCAUCUGUUAAACAUUCCCAGCUGGAACUGGAAGGAGGGUGAUGAUGCGAUCUGCUUGGCCGAGUUGAAGGCUGGCUUCAUAGCCCAGAGUUGCCUGGCACAGGGCCUGUCCACUAUGCUCGCCAAUCUCUUCUCCAUGAGGUCAUACAUCAAGAUUGAGGAGGACACCUGGCAGAAGUAUUAUCUGGAGGGAGUAGCUAAUGAAAUGUACACCGAAUACCUGUCCAGUGCCUUUGUGGGGCUUUCAUUUCCUACAAUUUGUGAGCUGUGCUAUGUCAAGCUCAAGUUGCUGUUGAUUGCUAUUGAGUACAAGUCAGAGCAAAGGGAAAGCAGAAGCAGAAAGCGUAUUCUCAUCAACCCCGGAAAUCACGUUAAGAUGCAAGAGGGGACAUUGGGAUUCUUUAUCGCCAGUGACGCCAAAGAGGUGAAAAGAGCAUUUUUCUACUGCAAAGCAUGUCAUGAUGACAUCACAGAUCCCAAAAGGAUUAAAAAGUGUGGCUGCAAGAGAAUAAAGGAGGAAGUUAGAGCGACUUUUCAAAACCCCUCGAUCGAACUGGCCAACAGCAUGGCUGUUCCCAACACUCUUCCCAGUGUGCUGCCGGUUGUGGGGUGCUCCACGACUGCCGUCCCUCUUGUUAAUAACCGUAAAGGAAGUCUGCUCCCUCCGGCACCGCCCUCACAGUCACGCCUCAGCCUGGCUGGACUGAACCGGGCCCGCAGCCUGCCCGGAAAAUACCGCUACCGCUACCGCCCCAGCACCUUGUCCUCCACGCUCGUGCCCACGCACUUCGAUGAUGAGCAUCCGUCAACACUGUCACCCAAAAAGAAGCAACGCAACGGAGGCAUGCGAAAUUCACCCAACUGCUCACCCAAAAUGACGAGACAUGACCCUCUGCUCAUUCCGGGAAACGAGCAGAUUGAGAACAUGGAUGCUAAUGUGAAAAGAUACGACUCUACUGGAAUGUUUCACUGGUGUCCAUCCAAAGAAAUUGAGAAGGUCAUUCUGACACGCAGCGAGGCCUCCAUGACGGUUUUAAGUGGACAUGUAGUAGUCUGUAUAUUCGGAGAUGUCACGUCAGCUUUAGUGGGGCUUCGAAACUUGGUGAUGCCUUUGAGAGCAAGCAACUUCCAUUACCACGAGCUAAAGCCCAUUGUGUUUGUGGGCUCAUUAGAUUAUCUGAGAAGAGAGUGGGAAACCCUUCACAACUUCCCCAAAGUCUCCAUCUUACCUGGUACGCCAUUAAGUCGAGCUGAUUUAAGAGCCGUCAACAUCAACCUCUGCGACAUGUGCGUUAUCCUGUCAGCCAAUCAGAACAAUAUCGACGAUGCUUCACUGCAGGACAAGGAAUGCAUCUUGGCGUCUCUUAACAUCAAAUCUAUGCAGUUUGAUGACAGCAUUGGGGUCUUGCAGGCUAAUUCCCAAGGUUUCACACCUCCGGGGAUGGAUAGGUCAUCUCCAGAUAACAGUCCAGUGCACGGCUUAGUGCGGCAGGCAUCCGUCACCACGGGAUCAAACAUCCCGAUCAUAACUGAACUCGCUAAGCCUGGCAAACUACUGCCUUUGGUUUCAUUCAGUCAGGAAAAAAACAGUGGAACCAACAUACAAAUGAUAACAGAACUGGUAAAUGACUCCAACGUUCAGUUUUUGGACCAAGAUGAUGAUGACGACCCAGAUACGGAGCUGUAUCUGACCCAACCGUUUGCCUGUGGUACUGCCUUCGCCGUCAGCGUGUUGGACUCCCUGAUGAGUGCGACAUACUUCAAUGAUAAUAUCCUCACCCUGAUCCGGACGCUGGUCACGGGAGGCGCCACUCCGGAGCUGGAGGGCCUGUUGGCUGAGGAGAACGCGCUGAGAGGUGGCUACAGCACGCCACAGACGCUGGCUAACAGGGACAGGUGUCGGGUCGCCCAGCUGGCCCUAUACGAUGGGCCCUUCGCAGACUUGGGGGAUGGUGGUUGCUACGGAGACUUAUUUUGUAAAGCAUUAAAAACGUACAACAUGCUGUGCUUUGGAAUCUACAGAUUGCGAGAUGCACAUUUAGGUGCACCAAGCCAGUGCACAAAAAGAUAUGUCAUCACAAACCCGCCUUAUGAGUUUGAGCUGGUGCCCACGGACCUGAUAUUCUGUCUGAUGCAGUUCGACCACAACGCGGGCCAGUCCCGAGCAAGCCUGUCCCACUCCUCCCAUUCCUCUCAUUCAUCCAGCAAGAAGAGUUCGUCUGUUCACUCCAUCCCCGCCACGAACCGACAGAACCGCAGCAGCAAAGCACGUGAAGCCCGUGACAAACAGAAUGCAACAAGGAUGAAUAGAAUGGGCCCAGAAAAGAGAUGGUUUACAGAUGAAGCAGAAAAUGCAUACCCAAGGAACAUUCAAAUCAAGCCCAUGAGCACUCACAUGGCCAACCAAGUCAAUCAGUACAAAUCCACUAGCAGUCUGAUUCCACCUAUUCGAGAAGUUGAAGAUGAAUGCUGAAUGAAUCCCCGGCCUUUACCAUCACAGAGGGACUUGGGUCAUCCUGGUGUAAAAGAUGAGCGCUAAUCGCGAAACGAUGACUGUUGAUGAUGGAGACACAUUGUCCUUCCCUUGUUCGACUCAAGGGUCUGAAGCGAUCGAGAACUGGAAAGGACUUCCUAUGUGUAUACCUUUAAUGUUACUUCCAUACUUUUAUAAAUGUAUACAUAGUGAUGUACAUAAUGACAAUCAAGUAAGGAUUGUAUAGCCCCCUAGCACUUUUUGAAAUUAUGUUAACAGGCAAACAAAAGAAGAAAACAAAUAGUACUUCCUGUGAUUCUUUGCAAUAUCUCACCUCUGCCGUGACCUGACUCCAUGCAGAGGGUGCUAUAAUGGAGGAUGAGGGUCACUGUCGUUCACUUCAUCCAAACACUACCCAAAGAUUAGCCCCGCCGAUUGAGUUGCGUAUCUGUCGUCCAUUUCAUUUUGCACUACCGCGUAAUAACUCGAGCACUGCUCACAGAAGAGUCAAAGCUUACCCUCGGUUCUCCUCUGAGUUUGGGCUGAAGUCACAGGCUGAGGCUGUUAAACGAAUGGCUUUGUUCAAGGAAACGGGUGUUUGCGUGACUGUAUUCAUGCAUGGUGUGUGCCGAAAGCUGCCUGAACGUUUGGCUCAGGAAAGGAUGCCCAUUUGCAUCCCUACAGACUUAGGCACGUAUACAGAUGGAAACGUUUGCUGUACCUAAUGCAAAUGGUCGUCCCCCACGUAGCUCUUCGGAAUUGGCAAUACAUUGAGGAUAUGCACUACUUCUGUUGAUGUCUUUCCAUCAUACAUGACUGUUGAUGUGGGAAACUGUCUGUGAUCGAGGCUUCUAACAUGUUUGUUUGCGUCUGCGGCUCUGCUAUUAAUACAACUGAAUGAAACACUACUGUCACCUGCUGAUAAUUCAACAAUGAUUGAGCUUUUACGUUGAAAUAAAAAAUAUACAAUUGAAAAUGCCACAUAUUGCGAAAAGUGGGCAUCAUUGGUUCCUCCUUUGGGUGUAGCCACUGCCUGACACAGGGUUGGCACAGGGGCUGAGAAGUGCUUGGAUGUUCCCUGUGACCAACUGUGAUGCCUUAAACUCUAGACCGAAUGCAUAAGCUCAAUCAUAAUGUUCAAUUAUCAGUCAGAGUUGUAACUUGUGGAUGAUUCUUGCUGUGGACUGAAUGCAUUUGAACGUCACUCACUUCUAUCAAGGCUACACAAAUAAGUUGUACCUUUAAAGUAGAACGUAUACUGAUACAUAUGCUUCACAGACCUUUGAACUUUGCUUCAAGUGCUCUGUCAGAUUUAUACAUAAGUACAUACUUAUUUUUUAUCCAUGAGCGUAAUCAUUUUGUACUUAUUUUUAUACAUAUCAGAGAACUUUAUUUCUAAAUGUAUCUUAAAGAUAUCGUAAUAGCUACAGUGCACAGCAGUUCAGUUUUACCCCUGACAACACAACAUAUCACAUACCAUCAACUGGGACACGUCAAACAUCUGUGAACCCGAGUCAAACCGGUUCAAUUUCAGCCUUCCAUCUGGAGUGCUCUUUGAUACUCACAUGGGCUGCUUUGAAGGACUUUGAGCUCUACUACUAAAACAGCAUAUAUGCUUUCAUUUUCAUAAGCUAACAGAGAUGAAAACCCAUAUUGAAUGACUGAUGGCACUUUUCUGUAAUUCCAGGUAAAGUGAUGUUGAUCCUCAGACAGACAUGAACUCAGAGAUGUGCAUGAGGAGGGGCUCUGCUCUUUCUGUAAUGAGGGUAGAGUUAUAGUGAUAUUAGCCAUGUUUGACCUAAAUUAGGUCUCGGUAAAGAGAAGAGCAUGCUGAUGUACUUGUGCAAACGUAAUUUGAUCAGAUCAGCAGUGAGCUAAUAGCCAUAUGAUUGUAGAUGCAAGAAAAGAGACAUUAGCACAUGUCCAUCCAUUGAGCAAAAGAAUAUAAAUCUGGUGUAUAAAUUCUGCCCGUUCUAGUCCACAUUUAUUUUCUCAAGUAAAAGGAUCUCAGCUUUAUUGUUUGUCUAUUGGACAAUUAGGCUUGGUCCUGAAGUGAUUUUCUGAAUUGUGAUUACAUUGGUGUUACACUUUGUAGCAAGUAGAUUUCUUAAUAAAUGAAUAAAAAAAGAAUAAUACUAAUGUGAGUAAACUGUAUGCAUAAUUGGAUUGUCAACAUACUUGCUAGCCUGAAAAAAAAAGAGGAAUCCAUUGGAGUUAAAUGUCCAAUUUAAAAAAAAAAUGUUCUUCUUCUAUGUAAGGUCCUUUUCCUGUAAUGAAACUACAAAGGCAGAUGGCGCAGUGAAGACAGCAGGUUUCAUUUGAUGAGAAAAGUGUAGAUGCACGUUGAGGGAAGCGGAAAGCAAACUAGCUCUUUCUUCGUGAGGAUUAUUAACCAUCAGGUUUUAACAUUCCAUUUUGUCAUCAGCAUUUCAAUCCAUUACAAUCACAUACCCGGCUGUUUGUUUACAGACCUUUUUCUUUCUUUCAACACACAUACUCAGGUAGCAAUCCUGAUGACAAAGCUACAAAAUAAAGCUGGCUUACAUUUUCUUGUGUUACCUUUUGUAGUAUGAGGUGAUACUGAUAUUUUCUUCUCCACUGCAACAAAUGUGCAAUGUUUUAGUAUCAUGCAAUUUAUUUGUACAUCUUGUGAAGAUACUACAGUGUACACAUAUCUCAGUUUCUACAGUGCCAUGAAAUGUAUCUGUCUACCAGCAUCAGUCAGUCAUUGGUUUGUAACAGUGGAUGAACAUUGUGGCAUCUAAUACUGGCAUGGAGAACAUCCAAGCCAUCCUUGCCUCCAUGCCAGGACAGUGCCAGGCAGUGCAGGAAAAAACCAAAGGAGGAACGCUGUAAGACCCACUAGAGCGAAAAGUGGCAUUCAAACAGGCAUAUGUGUCUAUACAAGCUGCUGAAAUCCUAGCACCUUGGUUAUUGAUACUGUAAAAGUCAAAAAAGGGGACAGCAAUGGCUGAAGGAUGCUGGGUAGAACUGACUAUAAUGUUUAGUUCGAUCACCUGUCAUUGUAUUCAAGAGUGUUUUAAUUAAAGUAACAUAUAAAGCAACCUUACUGAUGUGCUAUGUAAUACACAACUGUCAUAUUUUGGCGAUUUUAUUCUACUGUAAAGGACAGAUUUAAGUUUUAGAAACUGUAUAAAGAAAAUACACUGUAACAGAAUAAAUACUUGGAGGGGAAUUAAGUCUUAACAUGCUGAACUUGCAUAUGGAUUACUGUUUUGUUGCUGUCUUUUCUUCCACUUCAAUAAAUAAUCAAAACAUCCAUA